AUGGACAAUAUCUCUUCUCCUUCUCCUUGCCGUUGGCCGCGUCUUGUUUUGCCAUUCUAUCCGCGUAGAUCCAUAUCCAGCAUGUCGCGUCAUUUCCUCCAGGCCUCCCGCAGACUGGCUCUUUCUCUCCGUUCUUUGAUCUCGUCCUCGCGUCCGCGUGUUGUGUCAUGGCUCUGUUAUAUGGCUUUUUACCACUGCUAUUCCUACCUACCUGCUGCCUGCCUGGCUGCCUGGCUGUCGCCACCAUUACCCAAAUCUCGUGUCUCGAAUCCCGUUCUUCUGUCUGAUCAUCCCUCGUCUGUCCGUCUGCCCGGCUCUUCCGGCCCCCUCUUCGUUCUAUAUAAUUCCCUCUCUUAUUCUCGGUUUUUCUGUUCCUUUUUUUUCACCUUUGCCAACGCGUUGCGUUACUUCCCUAUCCUGAUAUUCGCACACGCAUGCGCGCGCACGUACCACACGCUCGUUUUAGUCCUCCGAAUCGCGGCUGACAUGUCUCUCGAUGGGUGGUGGGAUCGGGCGGGCGGUCGGUCGAUGUAUCGGUCGGUCGGUUAG